UUACUUUUAAGUGUAUUUAAUACACUUAAAUAAACAAUGUUUGUUAAUAACAAAUAGCAGAUACGUUGACUAUUGUUGAUAUAUUACUGAAACAGUUGCACAUGGUGGUUAAACAUGUUUACAGGCCGAGCAGCAGCGUGUGUGUGUGUGUGUGUGAGAGAGAGCCUGCAUUAGCACGGUUAGACGUCGACAGUGAUAACAGUGUGAGCGGAGGCUAAUAUGGAACAUUCGCACACAGCCAGACGCCAAAUGUAUUUGCGUGGGCAGAAAAGGGAGCCUCGUAGUAGCGUGAAUUAGAAAAGCGGUCGUUUUCGCCGUUAUUCAUGGCUGCUUCGUCUACUUCUGCUUCGUCUGGCUCCAGAAAUGAAGAGGGGGACACGGACGGCAUUUCGUGGAGGCUCAUAGGCGCGGCCUCGGAGCUCGCCAACAAGCGCUGCCGGCUGAUGUACUCCUCCCUCGGCUACAACUCUGACGUCUGCCUCUUCUACGUCAAGGGCGAAUUUUUCGCUAUGGAUGCCCGCUGUGCACACUCCGGCGGUCCUCUGUGUGAGGGGGACAUUGAGGAGGCUGAUGGAGUCCUGCAGGUCAUCUGUCCAUGGCACGACUAUGACUUUGACCUCAGGACAGGAAGGUCAGGGACCUCAUUACAGCAACAAGUGUAUGAAGUGAAAGUGGAGGACGGCAACGUGUACGUGAAACAUGCCAGUCGUCUCUCCUUGCUGCCUUUUCCUGCAGAGAAGAAAAACUAGACGACCUCAACCCUGGCGGCUUCUUCCUUCAGCCGACGAACUCUGUCUACUUUGAUUGCCGUGAACUCAGGGACGGUGAUAUCAGGAGGACUAUCUGAUGACGACAUGACAUCAUCAAAUUGUUUCACAGUUUUUUCUCGCUGGGUUUCCUGGUCAUCACAGACACACACGUAUGUGCGAGAGCUGUGAGCUCAAUGCAACACAACAUUUGACUUUUCUUAACUAUUUAACAAUAGUUUAUUAAGAAAACCAUAUUGCACCUGAAAUAUAGCAGUAUAAAUAUAUUUUAAAUAUAUAUAUAUAUCUUUAUUUCUUUUUUUGAUUUUCAUAUGUGAACAGUGAACGUUUUGCAUUAAUCUUUUCAUUAUUCAAAGGAAUAGAAGUGAAAACUCGAUACGCAGAGUGCAGUGCCAAGUUGUUGAUUUGUAAAUGCAAUUCAAAUAAAUAAAAAAAGUCUUGCAGGUGCUAAUUAUCACUAUGUCGUGUGGUGUAAUGUGGAGGUCCAAAACGGAACAAGUGUAUAAUUGUAACGAGCAAUACACGUUUCCUACUUCAUUUUAUGUAAGCACAAAAUAAUUUCCAUGGUGUGUUUUUUUGUUCUGAACAGGCAUUUGCGGUCAGUUUCAUAGAAAAUAACCACACUUGCAGAGUUGUUGCAUUUGGACAAAUUUAGCCACUUGUUCCACUGAUGUCAUGCAACUGAAAACACCUUCUGAAUUUCAGUUCUGGGGUUGUUAAUACAGAAUACAGCAACAGAAUACACACGAGGGUCACUGCACUCAUGACCGGUAGCUCUUGGUGUGCUAAGACGUCUCCCUCAUCGUUCCUGUUCACAGGCAGGUUUUUCGGUUACUGACGCAAUGGGAUUUAUCAGGGAUGGUUAGUGAGGCGCCGGAGGAAGGUUCAUGACCUGAAAUGCAUCAGUGGCUCAAGAGAAAUGUGUUUUUCUUUCUUAAUGUAUGAGUAUUCCUCUAUUCCCUCUCAGUGUGAGAGAAGUCACUCACUGUAUUUUCUGUCAGCUCUGUUUCCUGGCAGACGCACUGAGGUCAGUUAGGAAGGUGUCAAUGACAGUGUGGUCCUCCCUGCUGGGUUCCCUGUGGUGCACCUUUUAUUACAACAGUAAUUCCUCUGCCUAAACGUGUGUGUGUGUGUGUGUGCCGCACAUGUCUCCUGUGUGCAUUAUAACUCACCACCUGGAGGGUAAUGGUAAUGCACUUUGAGAUGCCGCAAAGAGAGAAGCGUUAAAGUUAAAUUAAGAAACGGAGGAAGCCACAAUUCAUGUCAGACUAUUACUGAAUGUGUAUUGUUUUUUUUUUGUUUUUCAUAUGUUCUGCUGAUUAUGUUUGUGCCUUCCUUGUUUCUCGCGGGAACCACAUCUGCUGUUGAAAAUACAGACUGCAGAUUUUCAGCAGCUGUAUGUCCAUUAGUUUGUGUUAUUUACUUCACAAAUGAAAUGAUUCUGCUAA